AUUAUGUGCCUGGAUUUAGUGUUGUCCUUUUAAACAGGCUGUAGCUGUUAAAGUGGCGCCGGGGAAAGAGAGAGAAAAGUUGGGGAUGGGUGAUCAAUGCAAGGCCAGGGGAAGGACCCACGCUCGGUGGUGAUUGCCGAGCUGGGAUCGUGACCAGUGGUGUUUUACUGCCAGCAAGUUUUAUUGCCAUAUUUCGGAUUAUGGGAAACGUGCGAUGCGCUCCUUAAAAGAAAUCUCUCCAGCGUUUCGGGUCCGCCAUCCGGUCAUCUGUGUCAACAACCACGUAUUCUGUUCCAUUUGUAUUGAUGUGUGGCUGAAGAACAAUAGCCAGUGUCCGGCUUGCAGGAUCCCUAUCACCUCUGACAAUCCCUGCAAGGAGAUUAUAGGAGGAACAAGUGAAAGUGAUCCCAUAUUUAGUCCUACAGUAAGAAAACAUCUUCGUAAAACCAGACUUGAACUGCUCCACAAAGAAUAUGAGGAUGAAAUAGAAUCCUUGCAGAAAGAAGUGGAAGAGCUAAGAGGUAAAAAUCUUGGCUUGGAAGCACAGCUAAAAACAGUUUUGGAUCCUGGAGCCUUGCGUCUUGGUAGCACCAAUGAAGAAAGUCAUCAGCCUACAGAUGAGGAGCACCACGCUGGCCCAGAAACAGUGGAAGAAUGGACCAAGAAACUUAAAGCUGCUAAUGAUCUGUAUGAGAAAGUGAAAGAUGAUGUGGAAAAGCUAAAGGAGGCAAAUAAGAAACUCAGACUGGAAAAUGGUGGCCUUUUGAGAGAGAAUUUGCGACUGAAAGCUGAAGUUGAUAGUAGAUCACCGCAAAAGUUUGGUAGGUUUACAGUAGCUGCGCUUCAGUCCAAAGUAGAACAGUGUGAACGUGAAACGAACCGUCUGAAAAAAGCACUGGAAAGAAGUGACACAUACAUAGAAGAACUGGAAUGUCAGAUUACGCAGAUGAAAGGAUCGAGUGGAGAAACCCAAAAUGUGAGUACUGUUAGUGAGAGAGCACUUUUCACAGAUAAUAAAGGAAGCGAAAGCAGUGAAGAAGAUGUUUCAUCAUUAGAAACCCAAGAAGAAAGACUAGAGAAAAAGACUCCAACUACCAGCCAAAGUCCCAACAGUCUUGAGCAACUGACAAGUAAUGGACUCUUAAAUGGUGAUGGCGCUUGCUCAAAUUCUGCUAGUCAAGACAGUUCAAAUGAGCCAGACACACACUGUUGUCCGACAAACAAAGAACUAUUUUCAGGGUGUCAGGAAGUUCUCCUGGAUAUAGCUGCUACAAAUAUGGAUGCCUGCUUAGAACAACAGUGGGAUAAAGCUGAGGAUUGUGCACCAUAUAAAGAUGAAGAACUUUAUGAGCUUCCAGCACCGUGUACACCUUCUUUGUCACUGAGUUGUCUCCAAUUGAACACCCCUGAUAUCAAAGACAGUCCUCUCACAAAACAAGAGAAUACAGGGAAGCCUUCUGCCUUUCUAAGGAAACUGGAAUUUGAUGAUUUUUGUGACACUUCAGAUGAUUGCAACAAAGAUUCUCCAGAACAUAAUACAAGCUCCUGCAACAGCCAGAAGAAGUUGACUUGUUUUACUUCGGCAAAGCCAGUGUUUUGGAAUAGCUGCUCAACAAACUAUGCUGAUAACUUAGAUUUUGAAGGUUCAGAGCAAAAUGCAAUCACUAGUCAUUCAGGCGAGCCAUCGGCAAAGUCCAGCGAUAAGCAUGAACUUCUUUUAUCUAAAAGAUUACAUACUAUCCGCUCUUCAGAAAUGAACCGCACGAGAACAUCUAGUGAAGCAUCCAUGGAUGCUGCUUACCUUGAUAAAAUUUCUGAGUUGGACUCCAUGAUGUCCGAAUCUGACAAUAGCAAGAGUCCCUACUACAACUUUAAGACCUCUGACCUUGAUAAUGCUUCUAAGGCAACACAGUGUUCUGAACUCCUGAAUGAAUCAGAUAAGAAGCUGGAAGAAAGGAACAAACAAAACUGUGUAAAAUGCCCUGAGUCAAGUGACCAAUUGGUAGAUUGGAAACCUGCUACAUUUUCAAUCCUCUCUCCAUCUGAAGUAGACAUGAAUGAACACUUCCCAUUGUUUUCAGGCCGAAAUUCAGAAACUAGUGAAAUCAAACCUCAGAACUGUUUAUUUCAAAGAGAGUUUUCCCAAAAUUUUCUUUUCAGUAAUUCACAAAGGCUAUUUGAAGAACAUAAGUUUGGUUCCUCCUUUUUUAAGAUGUCGUCAUCUGAGAUGCAUAAUCUUCACAACCAACUUCAGUCUCCUUGGGCUUCUUCCUUUAUUCCUGACAAGAAACAGAAGGGUGUCAAUCAGUCGACCAAAAGAAAAAUUCAAAGCAGCCUUUCUAAUGCUAGUCCUUCAAAAACUACUAAAAACUAACUCCUGUUGAAAUUAGUAGUCUUAGUGUGCCAACAUGAGAACAUUUAAAAGUGCCCAAGCUAACUUGCUUUCUGGUGAGUUCUAUGUGACCUGAUUCAGUUUCCCUGUGACCAACUGAGAUCUGAAUGUUCUCUCAGCACCGCAAACUGUUACACUUAGAGAAGAACCAUUCUGAGAUUUCUUCUUUGACAGAACUGUUUGUUUUGUUUUGUAAUUCCUUACUUUUUUUAAUUGUCAGGUUAUGUGAUGUUCUGUUUGCGCAGCAGUUAUGUCAUUCUUGAAUAUGACCGAUUUUUUAAAUGUUCUUGUUAAACCAACCUUUUACAUGGGAAAUAACUUGCUUUUUAAAGUUUAAUUUCCUAUGCUACAAGGUAAUGGUAACUUUUUGUAACGCUGCUACUGGUAAUAUUGUUCACUUGCCAUAAAACAAUGUAAAUUCUUGUUGUAAAACUUUGCUUCCAAAGGAAACUGCUGCUGCUGCUUAGACUAUUUGCAUGGCACUAUUCUAUACUGAAACUGUAGUUAGAGUAUGUAUAUAUUGUAGCAGACUCUCAUUUCAGUGUUUCUACAUUUCAGUUAGAAAACAUCUCUUCCUUUAACACUGAAAACAUGGCAUUUUGGGGAGGGUGGGGGAGUUGAGCACAAUUUUUAAUUUUGUUUCCACAAAGCAUUGUUGUCCAGAACAUGUUCAGUAUGCCUAUGUAGACCAUAAAAAUGGGUUUGUAUGCUAAUGACUUGUUUACCUAAUGUGCACUGAACAUUUUACAUUAAUACUGUACUGUUUUACAUUAAUACUGCAUGCUUUUCUAUGUGAAUUGAAUAAAAGAUGUCAUAAGCACUGUAAUCUUUGAUGUUGCCUCAAAUAUUGAACUAGCACAAGAAGAAAUGGGAGAGUUUUUGUUUCUUUAUAUAUAUAAAAUUUUGAAAAUUGUAUAAAACUUUUGUAAGAUGUAGGUUACAAUUUUUGAAUAAAUUCACAUUAUCUUCCCCCUCCCUAUUAGAUGUAUUGCCAUUCUCGUGUUCAUAUCAGUGCAUUUGAUGGAAAUGGGUUUCAGCCUUUUUGGAGGUGACUUUUCCAUUAAGUAUUGAAUAGGUCAACAUGAUCUAAUGGACUGCUACGGAUAAGUAUCAGAAAAUUAGACGUGUUUUUCUGUAUCCUCAAAAACAACAAGGAACCCUUUGGCACCUUAAAGACUAGCAGAUGUAUGUAAGCAUAAGCUUUCAUAGGCAAAACCCUACCUUGUCAGCGUUUGUAAGGUGCCACAGGACUUCUUGUUGUUUCUUCUACAAAAAGAAGCCCCAAUUAUGCAGCAGCAAAGCAAGAUUAGUAUCUUUGCAUUAUGGUGUACUCUGUGUUCAAAAAUUAAAUAUUCUUUUUAACUUAGACGUGAAAUUUGUCAUUCUAAAUGGACUCCAUGAUGGCAUUUCUCACAAAUAGGCAGAUCAUGUCUAUUGAUGUCUUGAGGACAAAAAAUCCAUGAACUGCCAUUAGCCCACCUUUAGUAGAGUGAUAUACAGCUGGAAACUCUGUGGACUAACACUUUAAUAAAAAUAUAUAUGUAGUUCUGUCAACAAUUGGACCUGGAAUAUAUUUUGCAUUUUCUAUGUGUAUGUUUAGAACAAGUGUUACUUUACUUUGGUACAAAUGUCUGUUCCAAAAUAAUCACCAAUGUCCCAAACACAGCCAUCCCAGCUAUGGCUACAAGCCUCCGUACUAGAUGAUAACCUAUUCCUUAGCACCUCCUACUUUAGCUGAUGUUGGUUCAAUCUUGCAAGAAAAUGAAUGUUUGUCACUGUACAUGCUUAGUUUAUAUUUAUCAGAAGUCAAGGGGCCGUCCUAUUCUGGACAUUAAUUCUAGUUAUUCUUAAUUAUUUAAAUCAUAGGAUUAUUUCAUGUUAGCACUUCUUUCCGAGUCUGUACUUACCUUUUUUGUUUAAUUUACCAUUACACUGAUAGUAAAUCAUGCAAGAACACAUGCAGUUGCCAAAUGCUGGGAGUAAUUUUUAUUUUGGUCCUUUGUAGUUUUGUGGCCAAGCUCUGGGUCUUUGAAAUGUAAAUUAUGCAUGUUUUAUACUUCAUACGCAUUCAGUUUGUUUUACACUAUGUCGCUUUAAAUUUCAUUAGUAGGGUUUAGUGACAACAUAAUGACUGCUGGUGUCUUAUUUAAUAUCAAGUCAGAAUAUAUGAAAAUAUAUAUUUGGGUAA